AUGGUCUCUGCUGAGCCUUUCGAGCAUCUCGCCAAUCGUCCUCCUACUCCUCCCAAAGACGUCGACAACGACAUAAAUCAAGCAAUUGGUCUUCUAGACGUCGACUUCGAACCCGAGCAAAAGCAAGUGCGACCAGCCUGUUCUCGUUCAGGCACUCCCGUCCAACCAUCCCCUCCCUCUUCCCAAGGAGAAGGCUCGCGGCACAGGUCAAGCAAGCGAGUCGAAUUCUCGCCAUGCGUCACUGCUCAUGACCCUACACCUUUUUAUGCCACUUCAGCAGGCACUGCCAGUCCACUUCCUCGCCGUUUUCCCUCAAGCAAGCAACCAAGGCCUGUCCGAUCUAUUCUGAAGGCUAGUCUCGACCUGCAGACCCCGACACCUGACGCUGCAUCGCCGGCACCCGACUACUUCUCCAUCUCCGACCCAAAGACCUUUCCCGUCAUGCUUGACUCGGUCCUCAAGUUCCUCGACGCCUCUUCUACGGCCCUGCGCCUGGACGGAUACAGCACUCUCAAUGGCGCUCUCAAGGCCUACGAUGAUCUGCCCGACGUCGAUGCAAUGCGUUCUAAAAUGCCUCUUCUGGUCAAAUACAUGUCUCGAGAUAUUCUUGAAUCGAGUCGCAAACCAGACCCGAUGGCAUCAAACCUGACCACACAAGCCUUGAAGCUCACCACUGCAAUCCUUAUGCUGCCUGCUCUUGCCGACUCUCUGGAUGAGCAAUUUGAGACUCUGCUUGUCGAUCGUGCUAUCGAGAUUUUGGAGCAAGACCCAGUACCAAAAUCUAUUGCCAACCAUCACAUGUUUCUCCUUGCAACUCAACGCUUUUCGUCAAGAGUCAUGACCCCGACCAAAGUGGAGCGAAUUGUCUCUUCACUCACCACAAUCCACGAGCGCGUAAGCGGCAACAGUGUCAUCGCAUCUCGUUUGGUCAUCUUCCAGCGUCUGAUGGAUCAGGCCUCAUCUACUAUGCUUGCCAGUAUGCGUGAUUGGAUGCCUCACAUCUUCCACGGUGUUUUGAGUAGCAUCAAAGACGUUCGAGUGCGCGCCAUCGAAACUGGAAUGCACGCUGCUAUGAUGUACGGCAAAAGCUACUCAUCAACCAAAGUCAUCAUUGAUCUUUUUCACACGGUCACUGCUGAGGGCAGCACUUACGGUGCUUAUUUUACUGCCCGUCUUUUCGACAUGUCCAAACCAAAAGAUGGUGGCGAGAACACAGACCUUGAAGAGGCUGUUCCACAAAUUUGGUCAAUGGUGGUACUUUUCUUCAGAAGCAAGAAGGUGAAACUAUCACAGUGGCGCUUGUUCUGUGAAGAGUGGUUCCUCUUGAUUCAAAAUUGUCUCAAUAGUAAGAAUAUCACCGUUAAGUUUCGAGCCACGUGCGCUUGGAACCGCCUGGUCUAUGUCGCCAAUCCGGAUCGCGAGAUGCUAGAAAAGAUGGAAGGAUGGGAUCACACGCUUCGAGUCCCAUUCGUACACAUUCUCCACACGAACAAGGGUCGAGACAAGAAGAGUAAGGAAGUUCGUCACAUCGCACUAUCUGGCUAUUGCAAUCUGCUACAUUACGCCCUACGACCUUCUCAGCCUUGGCAAGAUCUCGACUAUUUUUGGGAUCUCUAUGUCAAGGAAGUUCUUCUCAAGUUACUCCUUGCGGGCGGAAGAGAUGCCAGUCUAGCCUGUCGGGUGCUUAAGGCACUUUUCGACGGCAAGUCGACCUUCUGGGACGAGGAAGUAGCGAGCAAGGCCCCAAUACUUCCUGAGGCUUUGUCUCGACUAGACUCUAAGUGGGUGCGUUCCAGAGCACAAAAGAUUCUGGAAUUGCUGGGCCCUUUCCUCGAACUUUCUUUGGCCCAGUCAGGAGACGGACGUGGUAUCGAUGGAACGCCUUGGCGUGAGUUUUUGACUGCCAUCGCUAGUGCUGGAAGUCAUGAGGUCCUGAGGUCACAAGAACUCAAAGAGUGCUUGGCUCAACUGAUGAAUUUCUUCGGUCGUCUUUGGGCAAAGGCUCCAGAGAGUGUGGAUCAUCUGGAAACGCCUUGGAUUUCACGCUUCGCAGCCCUGGUACAAUGCUCUAUUGAGAUCAUCGGUCCUUUGCCAUUCAGCGAGGAGAACCUGGCUCGAAGUGAGUCUAAGAAUUUCGAAGCUGCACCAACUCCAUCGAAUCGUUCAUCGAAACAUCAUGCGAGACUGCAGUCACCUGCCGGUUUCCUGUUCGAUCUAUUUGCCCAGCCGCCGCUCGCAAUCAGUACAGAUGUUGCCUAUUCUGAUGCUUUGAGAUGCUUACUCCAUCAGAUCUGUCAGGGCAGAAACUCACGCAAGGAGCGACUGGAGCUUAUACGCAAAUGCUCACAGUCGAGUUCGGCGUUGAAAUCCGUGUUGUUGUGGACUACAGCAGUACAAGAGACCACCACAGUUCUCCUUGACUCUAGCCUCAACGAACCUGUUCAGGAACCAGCUCGCCUUGGACAUCAAGCUCGCCAUGCUAUCUCGAUACUGGCGUCUGGUCUCCACCUCCAACACGAAGAGAGUGCUACUUUACCUGCUGCUUUCGAACUUGUAAGUGUGCUGGCAAGAAUUCUGAAACAAGAAGCUGGCGAAGGCGGUGUGGUUCUCGGUCUCAUGGAACCUUUGGCUGAGGCGUUGUUCCAGCACAGAGACGAGAUGAUCUCGAAAUCUGUCUUUGUUCAGUUCUCUGAGAAGUUGCUUCGGGUGGGAGCAUUUCCACGUAAUAAACAGCAAAUGGACGAAGCACGCAGAUCUCUUUGGAACACGCAUCCGCCGCUCUCAAAGCAAUCAAGCUUUGAGCCGUUCAACCACGUGUAUGAGCUUACAAAUUCGGCCCUAUUGAUCUCAUAUAGCAGCAUUGCAGAGACCGCGCAGUGCCUAGCACCAUUCAUCGAAGCGGUCCAAGACUUCCUCUCGAAAUGUCCUCUUUCUCUCUUCGCGUCACCAGCACUACGCAAAGUGCAAUGCGGAUUGUCCUUGGUCAUCAAAGAUGAGAGUCGCACGAUUGCAGGUAGCAAGGAGACUCAAGAAGUGUUCUUCAAAGUACUUGCUCUUUGGCAGUCCAUACUCGCUCAGCUGAAGAACCUACCAUCCAACAAAACCCUAUUGAAAGGGUUGAACGAAUUGUUCGCAGCUGGCUUGAACAGCACGCAUCGAGACAUCAUCAACCUCACUGUGUCUUUCUGGAACACUACCUUUGGGCAGCUUGAUUCUCUCGAGUAUCCCAGCCAGAUUGAGCAAGCGAUGAGGCGACUUCGACCGCUCGUUGAGCUUGACCUACCUACUUUCCCAGAGAACGAUGAAGCAUCGGCGCCAUCACCUCUCCGUGACUUGAUUGAGUCUCAGCAAGACGUAAACAUUCAAGAAACGCCAUCGCCUGCUAAGCAGCAACCUAUCAGAAGAUCCAAGAGAACGAGUGUGCUCAAUCGUGCUAUCUCUUCUAGCCCACAAAGUGAGAAGCCCAGCACAAGAAGGCAACCUAUUUUCAAAGGAGCACCGAAGUCAAAGUUGCGACACAACGAUUCUCAAGUUGAAUUCACGGCCGUCGAGAGCUCAUCCCCAGUCGCGAUGGAAUCUCAACUUCUCACUGAACAUCAAAGGGAGGUCAGAUCUCGACAGCGAUUUGAGACGGCACCGCUGUAUCCUGAAUUCUCAUCAAGUCCAGUUCCAGGAAGGAGAGCCUCGAAGUCAGGAUUGCCACUACUAGAUUUCUCUAGCCAGCAACCCGGCGCGGAGAACGGUUAUGCUACACCCACACUGAAUGAUGAUCAAGGUCCGAUGGAUGAGUACAUCACCUCCUCACCUACCCCAAAGGCAGCUGAGAAAUUACAGCCCGCUGCUGACCAGAACACGGAUCUUGUUGAAUCGGCCCCGGAAGCUGAGGAUGACAACAUCCCAUCUUCGCCGCCCGAGAUGGCUGAUGACGAGAUGGAAGACGAGACUGUGUACGAGGGCACAACAGAGAUUGAGAAUUUACAAACUGCUGAGCAACAGGGUCCGAGUCACUUGCGGUUCGAGAAUGUGCCCGAGGACUUGUCCACAGUAGUGCCUCAAAAAGAGACCAGAGCCGACGAAUCUAGAGCACUGCCGAAACAAACACCUGCGGUCGAGCAAGCGGCUCAUGUACAUGAAGCUGAGAACCCUGCAGAACCUUCUGCGCACAAGGCUGCUGUGACACCAGGUGACAUUAGUAGGGUCCUGGAUUCCUUCGUAGGGAGCGCGCCUGAUGAAGACGAUACUGCAUUGGCUAGAGAAGAGACACGAACCAACUCUGUUAUCGAGCCAAAUCCUGCUCUCUCUGCAUCCAAGCGUAAGCGAGAAGAGCCGCAGGAGGCACGAGGCUCAGUUAAGCGUCGCAAAUCGUCUGCAUCACCAUUUAGACGCGCGAUGACAAGAGCAUAUUCCUUCCUUACCGGUAGCCAAGUGGAAAAGAAAGACGAUGACGAUGAUGAGGACGAUGAGGAAGUGCAAGACUGUAUCGUAGUUGGGAGUCAACAGGCUGUGGAAGAUGAAAGCCAGUCGGAACCUGCAGAGGACUCUCCGAUCCGAGAAUCGGCUCCGGCAGGUAUCGCUCCAGCUACAGUCAAACGUGGACGUGGAAGACCGCGGAAAUCGACGACACCUGUCUCCGCUCCUGUUUCAUCCGUCAGAACUCGAGCUUCGAAACGUCGUGCGUCAACACUGGAAGGGGAAGAGAACGAGGAAUCUGUGGUCAUCGAUACGCCUGCGCCUACCAAGUCUCGGAGGACGACGCGAAGUCAAGAUGCGAAGACCGGCCAGCCAGUUGAACACGUCAUGCUUUUUCCUACGCACCAGUCAAUGAUCGAUGAUGCGAUGAUUGAAGAGCAGGAAGAGGACGCAAAUGGACAUGACCAAGAAGCAGACUCGCAGCUGAAGCAUGAGGCUGAGAAAGCAAUCCAUGAACAACGACCCACGCAGGCCAGGUGGGUGAUCACAAGGUUGCAAGAAAUCAUCAUCAACGCCGCAACCUUGGUCAUUGGACCACAUGAGGAAAGAGAAAUAAACGACGCUAUGUACGUGCUAGGGAGAAAUUUCUACGAGGCACGGAGACGAUUCGAUGGUUAG